UUAUCUGAUAUUUUAGGGGAGGUGCAGUCCAAAACUUGGAUAAAGCAUUAAAGUGUCAAAGAAUAAAACCAUAGUGGUGUCAAUAGCUCUGCUUGUGGUGCGCCUCUGGACCGGUGCGCCUGGGAGCCACAUUACGCAACAUUUAAGUGAGGUGAAAAUCUCCUAAAACGUCUGUGUGUCCUGUUCGUGUCGAAGUUUGUGGAUUGAGCACAAACAAACAGAGAGAGAGGGGAGGAAGUACGCUGUGAGCCUUUGAGAGCUGCUGUAAUGAACAAGCUGUUCCGCACGAUUUGAAAAUAAUCCGCGUGUCAGUGUCAUCUUUCUUAUGCAAAGUAGCUGUCUUUGAAGGCGGAUCUUUUGGCAGGUUAGACCGGGACGGAGGCUCCGACCAGCUCAGACGAGCGCUGCCACCAAACGCAUCAACUGGCGGCUUUUGCGGGAGGAGCACAAUCCCGCAUUUCAGGGACGCGUUUAUUGAUUAUAACCGAGGAUAUUUAUUCCACUUUGUUCUGCUGACUGGCUGAGUGUUUCGGUGCCUUGUGAAAAGGCAAAAAGACCGGAGGAGAUUUAUUUUUGGUUGCUUUUUUUCCUCCCCCUAACCAAACUUGGAGUGAAAUCGCGCCGCUACCAGGACAUAUACUCCGGGGAGAAAAAGUGACAUGCGGUGCGGACGGACGUGUGAGUGUUCUGGAAAUAAGUGAGGAACAAAUCGGAGCUCAUACUCAGUCUGUUUCACCCUCAGUAGACUGAUACGCACGCUGCGAGAGGUCUGAAUAAGUAGCUCCAACACUUCAGAGACAAGCUGAGCGCAUGAAAGCAUGGACCAGAACGCACGGGAAACCCUCUCGGACCUUUUUUAUCCAACUCUCCAGACCUGAAAUGAGGGAAAGGUGCUGCUGCAACAGAUAGUUCUGUAAGUUUUUCCAUCUUGUCACACCAACUUAGGCUUCAUCUGACUUUUUAAUGACAGAAACUUGUGGUUUGUGGUGAACAUUUGGCCUCAUUUGUUUUCUUUAAAUCAAGAGGAGAGGAUGCUUUCCACUGUUCAACUGAGCCUCAUCUGUGUGCUACUGCUCCUGUGGAGUGAUGGGAGUUCAGCCAUUAGCUCAAUAGACCCGGACUGGUCAGGAGAAGGGAGAUGUCAACAGAUCAACAUCCCCCAGUGUAAAGACAUUGGCUACAACAUGACCCGCAUGCCAAAUCUCAUGGGCCACGAUGACCAAAUAGAGGCGGCAAUGAAGCUGCAGGAGUUUGCCACGCUGAUUCAGUUUGGAUGCCACAGUCAUCUCAAGUUUUUCCUGUGUUCGCUGUAUGCUCCGAUGUGCACCGAGCAGGUGUCCAACCCGAUCCCAGCAUGUAGGGUGAUGUGUGAGCAGGUCAAGCUGAAAUGCUCGCCCAUUCUGGAGCAGUUUAACUUCCCCUGGCCCGACUCUCUGGACUGCUCCCGGCUGCCGACCAAAAACGACCCCAACAACCUCUGCAUGGAGGCGCCCAACAACGGCUCAGAUGAGCCACCCAAAGUCUCCCACACCCAGCCUCCAGAUUUCAGACCACAGCGGCCUCUGAGCGGGCAGGACCUGCAACUUAAAGACAGCGGCAGCAAGCAGACCUGCAGCAAUCCUGGCAAGUUCCACUUUGUGGAGAAAAGUGAGUCGUGUGCACCUAAAUGUUACCCCAAAGUGGAUGUAUACUGGAGUCAGGGCGACAAGCAGUUCUCUCUGGUGUGGAUGGCCAUCUGGUCCAUCCUCUGCUUUGUCUCCAGUGCCUUCACGGUGCUCACUUUCCUCAUAGACCCGCAGAGAUUCAAGUACCCAGAGAGACCGAUCAUCUUCCUCUCCAUGUCCUACUGUGUUUACUCUGUGGGCUACCUCAUCCGACUUUUUGUGGGAGCUGACAGAAUAGCCUGUGACAGAGACAAUGGGGUCCAGUAUAUUAUCCAGGAGGGUCUGGAGAGCACCGGCUGCACCAUUGUGUUUCUCAUCCUGUAUUAUUUCGGCAUGGCCAGCUCCCUCUGGUGGGUUAUCCUGACCCUCACAUGGUUUCUGGCUGCAGGGAAGAAGUGGGGUCACGAGGCCAUCGAAGCCAACAGCAGCUAUUUCCACCUGGCGGCGUGGGCCAUCCCGGCCGUGAAGACCAUCAUGAUCCUGGUGAUGAGGAAGGUGGCUGGAGAUGAGUUGACGGGCGUCUGCUACGUGGGCAGCAUGGACGUUAAAGCUCUCACAGGCUUCGUGCUCAUUCCCCUCUCCUGCUACCUGAUUAUUGGCACUUCGUUCCUGCUGUCGGGCUUCGUGGCCCUCUUUCACAUCCGUAAGAUAAUGAAAACAGAAGGAGAGAACACAGACAAGCUGGAGAAGCUGAUGGUUCGCAUUGGGGUCUUCUCCGUGCUCUACACCGUCCCGGCCACCUGCGUCAUCGCCUGCUACUUCUACGAGAGGCUCAACAUGGACUACUGGCGCGUCCUGGCUGGGGAGCAGAAGUGCAUGGACAGCAACGGGCCGGAGUCGGACGAGUGCGUCAUGAAGACCUCCAUCCCCGCCGUUGAGAUCUUCAUGGUGAAGAUCUUCAUGCUGUUGGUGGUGGGCAUCACAAGCGGCAUGUGGAUCUGGACCUCAAAGACGCUGCAGUCGUGGCAGAAUGUGUUCAGCAGGAAGCUGAAGAAGAGGACGAGAAGGAAGGCUGCCAGCGUGUUCACCAGCAGCAGGCCUUACAUCAAACCUCACCCAUCUCUCAAAGGGCCCAAUACUAAGUAUGAGCCUACACGGCCCCCUCCGACAUGUGUAUGAGCUGGCUCUCUUUGUAUAAACCCAAAAAUAUGUGUAAAGCCCUUACCCUAAAACGGGACUUUGUAAUCAGAGUGCCAUCAAAAGAAUCAAGGUUUAUGUUUUAUUUAUGCAAACUCCAUUGAAGAUCAUGCAAUGUGGUUUUUUUUUUUUGUAUCUUGAGCCAUCUCAUGCAACAAGAGCUGCCUUUGUUUGAGAAAAAAAAACUGAAACUCCUGGAUUCACUUAUCCUAUUGAGGAACUUGGUAGAGGAAGAAAAAAAAAUCUUAUUGUUCCCAAGACAAAAAGAGUGGAAUAAACCAUUUGGAUGUGCCAUGGGGUUACUUGAAUAAUGUGCAAUAGAUGUUUUCCUUACAGGCAAAAAAAAAAAAAAA